AUGAGCGGUGGUGAUUUCAAGAUUGCCGUGAAUCAACAGAAUCAACAGAAUCAACAGAAUCAACAGAAUCAACAGAAUCAACAGAAUCAACAGAAUCAACAGAAUCAACAGAAUCAACAGAAUCAACAGAAUCAACAGAAUCAACAGAAUCAACAGAAUCAACCGAAUCAACAGAAUCAACAGAAUCAACAGAAUCAACAGAAUCAACAGAAUAAACAGAAUCAACAGAAUCAACAGAAUCAACAGAAUCAACAGAAUCAACAGAAUCAACAGAAUCAACAGAAUCAACAGAAUCAACAGAAUCAACAGAAUCAACAGAAUCAGCCGAAUCUGCAGAAUCAACAGUAUCUACAGAAUCAACAGAAUCAACAGAAUCAACAGAAUCAACAGAAUCAACAGAAUCAACAGAAUCAACAGAAUCAACAGAAUCAACAGAAUCAACAGAAUCAACAGAAUCAACAGAAUAAACAGAAUCAUCAGAAUCAUCAGAAUCAACAGAAUCAACAAAUCAAGGAUCAACUGAAUCAACUGAAUCAACUGAAUCAACAGAACCAACAGAAACAACAGAAACAACAGAAACAACAGAAACAACAGAAACAACAGAAAAAACAGAAACAACAGAAACAACAGAAUCAACAGAAUCAACAG